AUGCACACCACAAAUGCAAGAGUCGAGAAAGAUAGUCUCGGCCAAGUCGAGCUGCCACCUAAGGUACUCUACGGCAUCAACACCUAUCGGUCGCUUGAGAAUUUCACGCUCUCCGGUCGAACUAUCACAACAUGGCCGGAGUUCAUCUAUGCGUUCGCCACAAUAAAGCAAGCGGCAGCCCGGGCAAACGGUGAAAUAGGUGACCUGACAGCAGGGCAGGCAGAUGCGAUUUAUGCGGCUUGUGAGGAAAUCAAGCUCGGCAAACACGAUGCACAUCUUGUUGUCGAUAUGCUGGAGGGCUCGGGUGGCACCUCAACAAAUAUGAAUAUGAACGAGGUGAUUGCGAACAUUGCGGCAAAGCGCUCUGGUCGAGCGCUCUCUGAUUACGGCUUUAUCCACCCGAAUGAUCAUGUCAACUUGGGGCAGUCCACUAACGAUGUGGUCCCGACUGCCAUGAAGCUGGCCGUCUAUCAUGCAAUGGCAGAAGCUCUGCGCACCCUCCGACAGCUAGCUGACGCAUUCUCGACGAAGCGUGAGGAGUAUAGCUCGCUUCUUCGUCUCGGGAGGACCUGUCUCCAAGAUGCGCAGCCGAUGACUCUCGGCCAAGCAUUCGGAGGCUACGAGGCGGCUGUCCGGCGACACACAGACCAGCUUGACACAAUCCGCAAGCAAUUCCUGACAGUUCCCCUAGGAGGAACAGCCAUAGGGACAGGAUUCGGGUCCUCGACUGGGUACAAAGCUGCUGUAUUCCGGCACAUGUCCCUCUUAUUCGACACCAAGAUCCAGCCGAGUAACAACGCAUUUGACGGUAUGCAAAACAUGGACACUUGUGCCCGUCUUUCAGGAGAGUUGCGAAACACCGCCAACACUUUAUGGAAAAUCGCCAACGACCUCAUCAUCCUAUCCUCUGGUCCUAGCGGUGGCAUUAACGAGGUCACUCUGCCUUCCGUCCAGGCCGGAUCCUCAAUCAUGCCCGGAAAAGUCAACCCAGUCAUCCCCAUCGCGGUCUGCCAAGUUGCGUUUGCCAUCGCCGGCAACGAUACCGCGGUUGCAAUGGCAUGCCAGCAAGGCAUGCUCGAAAUCAAUCACUUUGAGCUGCUUGUGUGUGACCGCCUCCUGGACAGCAUCCAUUUACUCGCUCGCGCUGCUGGCAUCUUCAGUCGUCGGUGCAUCGAAGGCUUAACUGCAAAUGAAGACGUCUCGCGUAUGCAUUUGCGUGCGUCUAGCGCGUUGGCUACUGCGCUGGUGCCGACUCUCGGCUAUGCGCAGACUUCGACCAUCGUCCGCGCGGCUCUCGCAGACAGAAGGCCUUUCCUGGAUGUCGUGGUUGAGAAAGGGUUACUUACAGAAGAGGAGAUCAUGUCGGCUAUUGAACUCUCCGUCCAUCAGGAUAACGAUUCAACGCAGAGGAAGAAAUAA